AUGGAGGACAGCACGCUCGCGCAGGUUUCCAGGAACGGACACACACAAGGCGGCACUUCUGAAUGUAGCUAACAUUGGAUUUGUUGUGUUUGUUCCUUAUUUACAUUUUUCUCAUUUUCUUUGAUUAGUCUAUUACUUUUUUACUUGAACCAAAUCGCCAUGGCUUGGCCGUGCAUAAGCAGAGUGUGCUGUCUGGCUCGGUUUUGGAACCAGUUUGAUAAAUCCGAUCUUUCAUUGCCACUGACCAUCCAGAAUUACUCAGACAUCGCCGACCAAGAGGUGCGAUCCGUCACCAGGCAGGUACCGACGGACCGGGUUCUGACGCACAACUAUUCUAGUCCGGACCACCGCGGAUCCCCCCAAACACCGGGAGAUGCCCCGGGCACCCAGAGAUCAUUGAGAGGCCGGAGGGAAGCAAACUUCAAACCCCGGGAGGACUACCACCGACCCGGGGUGCCGUUCUCGAGUGUCACCCAGUACAAGCAGGAUUACAAACCCUGGCCUAUUCCGAAGAAGGAGAAUUUCCCCUGGAUUAGCAAUUGUGGAAAAGGGGGAACCGUUGGUUCGGAUAGCCCAGUAAACAGUUACCCCAAUGCGAGCCAGACGAAAGGGGAGACGGGGGAGAGAGAGGAGCUGGGCAUGAGGUGGGGGGAGCAGGGGACCGGAACAGCUCAAAGCUCUUACAGACAGGAGUACCGGCCUUGGACGGGGGCAAGACCGGCCAAGACCACUAGGAAACAACACCCCCCUGCCCCGUACGCCAGCCCCCGGUCGGGGGUCUCCCACCUCCCCAAUGAGACCAGCUACCAGGCCGCCUACAGUGGAGCCGGGGAGGCUUUCAGACACACAGAGCUUCACCAGAGGGACCAUAAUACCAGCACCUCCACCGCUGGGCUGCCAACCACCACCUCCAUCUCCACUGUCCCCAAGGCCCCUGUAACCCUACUCCAGCUUUCCUCCACCACAACCACCCCUAACAUCAGCACCAGCCUCCAGCAGAGCAGCCUGCCAGAGAGACCCAACCUCAGUAUAGGAACCAUGGGAGAGGAGCAGUUGGUGAGGACCAAGCUCUCUCCCAACCCCUCUGCAGUGUUUCAAAGCAGAUCUAGGAUCUUCAACAUAUGACAGACUUUCCAAACUAUUCUACUGGUUACCGGGAGACCAAAGAACCAAUGAGGGGAAUGUUCUCUGUCCAUUCCACACUACAACAAAAUCUAUGCAGGGAAUGUGCAGCUUAAUGUAACCAGAAAGGAAAACCCUGUACAGCUUAACAGUGUAGUGAAUGACAAACCAGAUGUCACAAAAUAAUUUUACAAUCCUGUUCUAUUGCUAUGAAAAUCGUAUAUAUGCAUGUAACACGCGAGUUUGAAGUCAAGCUUCUUUUGCAGUAUUAGACACUCCAAGACAACAUGGCUGCUUUGUAAUGUGUGUUUGUGUGUACUGUAUGUACAUGUGUGUGUACCUGUUGAGAUGGAAUUAGACAGUAUUAGACACUCCAAGACAACAUGGCUGCUUUGUAAUGUGUGUUUGUGUGUACUGUAUGUAUAUGUAUGUGUACCUGUUGAGAUGGAAUGAUUUGUGUUUGAUGCUUUUCUGUAUAUACUGUUGGAUCUAUUGAAAUGACAAGGAGAUGACUUUUUGUGAAAUGUAUGCUCAAACUGCACUUAGUCCAGAAAGUAAGGUGUUCCUUCGAUCUCUGCAAGUAUUUUAUGAACAGAAACAAAAACAUAUAUUCAUACAUUUUUAUUCAAUUAGGUAACUAUUUUGAGAAAGUAAUUGUGCCUGUGUUUGCAUUCAUUUUGUAAAUCUGUUUAAGAAACAAAAAACUGUUAAAUA